AUGUCAAACACCCGGUCCGAAGAUAUAUUUGGUGAGGUUGAGCGCCUCUCAACCCUGGUCGAAGAAAUGAAGAAAGAAAUCGAGCUCUUAGAUUGUCGAGUCACCGAUUUACAAGAAUCCGCCGGCCUUGAAUACCAACGUAGUAGAGCACAUGAGGUGGUUCUGCAAAAACUCAUAGAAGCGUCUCCAGCACAUAGUCAUAUUGAUCUUUUAUUGGAGAUAGAGAAUUAUUCUCCUGAGCGUCAUCGUAGUGAAACUCGUAUGGAUGCAUUUUAUGACUAUUCAUCUUAUGAUAAUAAACAUACUGAUGUUGAUCAUGUUACAAACCCACCAACUACUGUGACAUCUGAUCCAGAACAUCAAUUGUGA